AUGGCAUUUUCUUUUCCCAGGUACUUUGCUAUCACGCAGCCUCUAGCCUACGCAGUGAAGAGAAGCGUCCGGUUGGCACUCGUCAUGAUCGGAGUGGUGUGGCUGGUAAGCGCUGUCAUCACAUGUCCGCCUAUCUUCGGAUGGCAUGAUAGAGCCAAGAAACAGAACGACACGCAGUGCGCCUACAUAGGCGACCAAGGAUACGUCAUCUAUUCAGCUCUGGGUUCCUUCUACAUACCGGCAGUCAUCAUGGUGUACGUUUACUGCAGAAUCUUCGCGGUUGCCAGGCGGAGACAGGCAGUGCUAAUGCAGGACACAGGUAGCAGCAAGGAGAACCAAGGUUCAGACAGCAAUUCCUCCACCAUGGGAGAUACCACUGUCCAAGCUGACCACCAACGUAUUCUCAAAGACGCUUCACAUCUGGAGCCAGAAGACUUGCCUAUGGCUCAGGUCAGAGGGAGUAACGAAAGACGCAGCUCCUUUUCCAUCAUGCGAUCUACACCUUUCUCUCUCAGCAGACAGAGCUCAUACAAUCCCAAUGUAACAACCCAGCUCUAUCAACAACAACAGCACCAUCACCACGAAUCUAGUGGAUGGCAACAACAGGAAAUUUCUUGUGACAACAGCACAUCUCCGAAGAACAAAGACGAUUCUGGAGCUGUCUCACCCACAGGUUACCGCUGUCAGUACUGCAAUCCUCAAAAGGAAAGCAAGAAGACCACUCGGAUGACCAUUCGCAAGAAGGAUGGUUAUGAAAGGGCAGCUUUCCAGCGCGAAAGAAAAGUAGCUAAAUCCCUCAGCGUUGUGGUUGGAGGUUUUGUCGUGUGCUGGCUGCCUUUCUUCAUUGUUUAUUUGAUAGAACCUUUCUGCAGAAGUUGCUUCUUUCAUCCUACACUCACAGCUUGUUUAGUGUGGUUGGGUUGGGUGAACUCGGCAAUCAAUCCUUUCAUCUAUGCUCUCAACAAUAAAGAUUUUAAGAAGGCGUUCCUUAGAUUGACUAUUGACAAAUGUCGAUGCUGUAGGAAGACCAGAAAGGGGCAUGACCCCCAGCAAUUUAUCUGAAAGAGACAUUUGUAGUUGCUAGUUCUGGCUAAAAUGAGCCGGCGUUUUAUAUAACGCCAAAGUCCUUCUUUGCACAACCAGGAAAAGAAGGCUAGAGAUACCACAGAAGAAUGUAUACAUAAUAUAUGCACACUGAAACGACAAAUUUUACGUAUAUUUCGGUUAGGAUAUGAAAAAUAAUAAUAUCGCAGCAAAUCGCAAUAUGUGGAGAAACAGGUAGAAACAUACAUUUGAUUGGUAACUACCUCGACCAUGCUACGAAUGAUGGUUAUAAUGUUCAUUUUGACUUAUAUUAAUGAAUGCUAUCAGGAUCAAACUCCAGGAAGCUAAACGGUGUUUCGGAAUAAUCCGGAAAAACGAUUGUGAUAAUUGAACCGUGAAUAGUUAGAUGUAUGACAGUAAACAUGACAUCAUUGGCAUAUAAAGCAGUGCUGCACUGUCUGAAGUGAACAUCCCUCGUGAGGAUUUAGAUGGUUGCUUGUAUUAUAUUUCCAACCAGACAUAUAAUAAUUUAUCUACGAUCAGUAAGCUACCAACUAUGCUUCUGGGCGUCUUUUGACUGGAAGUAUUUCCUUUUGCUUAAUGCAGAACUGUUGUGACCAUAUAAAAGGGCGUAAUUAGAUGUAAAACUGGGAUCAUGGCAUUUGAAUUUCGCUUGGCAUUAUGGCGAUGAUAAAGUUAGUAUUAUGACUUGCACCAAUGUCGACCAUGGCUUUUGUAUCCAGCAUUUUCAAACUGUUGGAGAAAUUUUGGUAUCCUUUUAGUAUACACUUUCGAAAAAUGUUCAUGAGUGCGAUCAGUAAAUGCUGGAGAUCAGCAAAAAUCAGUCAACAUCAUAAAGACAAAUUGUAACGUUACUGAAGUAGCAAACAGCGUCAUGACUGAAUGAGGGAAAAUCCACUACUCUAUGCUGAAAUAUAAUUCAUCAGAGCUGUGCGAAGUUAUGUUCUCCACUCCAAAAAAUGUAUAUGGUCCGUAGUUAUACAUAAUAAUUUGUCUUUUGAGUUCAAUUUCAUUGGAUGGUAAGGAGCCCCGACACUCAGUAAAAAUUGUGCCAAAAUAUGGAAUGCACUAUGGAAAAGAUUCCUAUUCCAUUGAGAUUAUUUUUAUUAAUCUCAAACAUUAUGAUCGUUCCUUAUAGAAAAGAAACCAGAACAUUUUAUUCAUUGGAGAUUAAGCUGUUCUAAUGCCAAAUGGACUCCAGAACAGAACGCAGUUUGAGUAUGUCUGUGUUUCAAUCAUUUUCUCAGAUUUCUUCCACUCCAAUCUCGAUGUGAUAACUUCGACUACUUGAACCCCGAAGGUUUAAAAGGAAACGUUUAUUCUGAAACGUAUUUUAGAGAACUUUCUAGUAGCGGUUUUAAACCGAGUCACCUAUAAUGUACAUAACUUCUCUUUCAGCAGGCAUUUAGAUAAUAUCUUUUGUUUUAAAAAUUAAUCAUCGACUCACGACCAAACAGGACAGAUAUUUUUAGUGCAUGCCGUAUAUUAGAGACCUUUUUAAAUAAUAUAUUACAGGAAGAUUUCACUUAGCGCGUUUAAUUCAUCAAUUAAUAACUACUAAUCAAUGUCCUAUUAAUCAAAUACAAGAAAAUAAUUAUAAUUCAUUCAUCAUUUGCACUAAAUUUUCAAAACACAAAAACUACACGAGCUAUAUUAGAGAAUCAUGUCAUCAACGUGCUUAAAUUUUUAAUUAAUGUGAAAAUAUACUGGUGUUCAAACUUAAAGUUAGAAAUACAUUUUAUUCAAUAGUUCAAAAUUCACUGUUAUUAAUGUUUAGAAACUAACGUCAUAUAUAGUCUGUAGAACGGUAAAUAUAAUUUAAGCAUUUAGUAGUUGUUUACAUUAAUAACAU